UUUUUUACGUAAACUGUCAGUCAGUCGAUUAUGAACCUGCCAGUCUUUUGAAUGUCACGCACGUCAAUUCAGUCAGCCAUGUUUAUUUCUGUGGAAUGUGUUUGGAAAUGGUGGUAGUGAUAAAGAUUAUUAGAGCUGUGGAAACGUUUUCAUAUUUUUAUCGUUAUUAAAAGUGCUAGUGAAGCAUAAAUGUGUUUUUUGUGUUAGUGAGGUGAUAUUACUUCCACCAAAAUGAAUUGGGGCACAGAGCUUUGGGAUCAAUAUGAUAACUUAGCCGCCCAUACACACAAAGGAAUUGAGUUUCUAGACAAAUAUGGAACUUUUGUUAAGGAGCGGUGCGCUAUAGAAUUAGAAUAUGCAGCAAAACUCAGGAGGCUUGUCAAAAACUAUCAACCCAAAAGAAAAGAAGAGGACGAAUAUCAAUACUCAGCAUGUAAAGCGUUCAGACAGCUUUUACAAGAGCUGGGCGACUUCGCGGGUCAGCGCGAGGUGGUCGCGGAGAAUCUUCAGUCAAAUGUAGUUAGAGAGUUGCAUCUGCUCGCAAAGGAACUGCGAGAAGAAAGGAAGCAACAUUUAAAUGAAGGAGCAAAACAAAUGGCAGUAUUAAAUUCAGCGAUAGGUGCGCUCGAAAGAGCGAGAAGAGCGUACGAGCGCGCUGCGAGAGAAUCGGAGCGAGCGCUCGAAGCGUUUCAAAAGGCAGACGCUGAUCUCAACUUAAGUCGUGCAGAAGUAGAGAAACAGAAGGCGAACAUGAAACUCCGAAGUCAGGCGUGCGAGGACGCCAAACAGGAGUAUUCGGACCAACUACGAAAAACUAACGACGCCCAGCGGCAACACUACGAACAGAGGCUUCCGCACGUGUUCAAACAGUUACAGGAUUUAGACGAGAAAAGAAUAAAGAAUAUAAAGAAUUUCAUGUUAAGUUCCGUGGAUGUGGAGAGGAAAGUUUUUCCUAUUAUAAUGCAGUGCCUGGACGGUAUGGAACAAGCAGCUAAUAGUAUAAAUGAAAAAGAGGACACACAGUUAGUAAUAGAAAGGUACAAAUCGGGUUUCGUGCCGCCCGAGGACUUCGCGUUCGAAGCGAUGGCGGGUGGCGACGCGACGGACUCCGCGGCCGCCGCCCACCAUCAGAAUCACCACCACCACCUGAACCAUCUGACGGCAGCGCGCGGUACCGUAUCGGGGAACAGGAUCAAGAAGCGUGGCGGGCUACUCUCUAUAUUCAGUUCGAACAAGAACAACAUGUCUGUGGAUGGAAAGGAGGAUUAUUCAGAUUUGCCACCGAACCAAAAGAAAAAGAAACUACAGGCUAAGGUGCACGAGUUAAGUAAACAGGUAGCACAGGAACAAGCAGCGAUGGAAGGACUUAUGAAAAUGAAAGGUGUAUAUGAAACAAAUCCCACGUUAGGCGAUCCAAUGACUGUAGAAGGACAACUGAACGAGUGUUGCGACAAGUUAAAGAAAUUAAGGACACAAUUGCGUAAAUUCGAGGAGUUAUUGGCGGAGGCGAAUAAUCAAACGAGCGCGCCCACGUUACAUCCCGUCGCGCGAACUAACGGAGCCCCGCCCACCCAAGCUACCAGUAUCGGAUCAAACAGCGAAUCUUUGUCGCGUUCCGCGUCCGAGUCGUCAGUGAGCACGGGCACGGGCGCGGGCGCGGGCCCCGGUUCCACGUGCGGCGCGAACGGUCGCGCGGCCGGCGGCUCCCCCGAGUCCGGCCUCGGCGGGGACAUAGCGGCCGCGCACGCCGACCACGCGAACGGCGACCACGACCAAGACCAUGAGUCGGACUUUGAUUACUACUACGAGCCCGAUCUGCAGCCGCUCGGUUACUGCAAGGCGUUGUACGCGUUUGAAGCGAACGGCACCGGUUCCACGAUGCGUAUGGAGUGUGGUGAGAAACUUCUAGUGUUGGAGACGGACGCGGGCGAUGGGUGGACGCGCGUGCGUCGACAUCACACGCGCGAGGAGGGAUUCGUGCCCACCACGUACAUCGCCACCACACUAUACAGCGACGCGCACGCGCACUAGCCGGUAUGUACACUUACUUCGUCAUUAUCAUCAUCAGCCCUUUUACGUCCCCACUGCAGAGGCUCAGGCCUUCCUUAGGGGCCGUCCAUAAAUUGCGCUUUUGAGAUGAGUAUUAUUUUUUUAAGAUGAUGUGUAUCAUAUAUGCUACAUAACACCGAUAAUACAUAUAAUAAUGAAAAAGUGCAAUAUUAUGUGUUGUCAAGACAAGUUUCAACUAAUACGGGGCUUAGAUGUGGUAGGUUUAGUGACCUUUUAUUGCGUCCUGUGCAACUAAACUCGGUA